UGUAUCACAGAUAUACGUAUUUUGUUUUGUUUGUGUAUGCGGCAUUGCGACCAUCAACUAAAUAUUUUGAUUACGUUAACUGAACUUCUUGCUCGUCUUAUAAUCUCGAAUUUAUAUUAUUUUCUAUGAGUUUAUAUUAGUUGGUUUGUUCUCACUUACUAGCUUUUGCUUCCUCGCCGCCGAAUGCCUGAUAUGUAUUCCACCCUGCUUUUUGUUGUUAUAGUCGCGGUUUUAAUAAACAUAUAAAACAACAUUGUCAAUUUCUAGUAUAAAUUACUAAUCAUGAAAGAAGCAAAACAAACGCCUAUAGAAGACCUAGCUGAUUUAAGAACGUACUUUGCUUCUCAUAAUGUUAUUAGAGAACACAUAGCUCACAGUUCGAAGGUUCAUUCUGUAGGCUGGUCCUGUGAUGGUAAACGCCUUGCUUCAGGGUCAUAUGAUAAAAGUGUUGUUACAUUCACACUUGAAAGAAACAGACUGGUAAGUGAAUUUAUAUUUAAAUUGGGUUACACACUUAAACACACAGGAUCAGUGGACCAAUUGUGUUGGCAUGCUUCGCACCCUGACUUAUUAAGCACAGCUAGUGGCGACAAAUCUGUUAGGAUAUGGGAUACAAGAUCCCACAAAUGUGCAGCCACAAUAGCAACAAAGGGUGAGAAUAUCAACAUAGCAUGGUCACCCAAUGGGAGCACUAUAGCUGUGGGGAACAAAGAGGACUUGGUCUCUUUCAUUGACACAAAGACAUAUAAAGUGGUUGUCGAAGAGCAAUUCAACUUUGAAGUAAAUGAAAUCUCAUGGAAUAACACAUCAGAUCUCUUCUAUUUGACUAAUGGACUUGGCUGUGUUCAUAUAUUGACUUAUCCAUCGUUGGAACUGCAAACUGUUUUGAAGGCGCAUCCAGGCACGUGUAUCUGCAUCGAGCACGACCCCACUGGUCGGUAUUUUGCAACAGGCUCAGCGGACGCGCUUGUCUCUUUAUGGGAUGUCAACGAGCUUGCAUGCUUAAGAGUUUUUUCAAGGUUAGAAUGGCCGGUGCGUACACUAUCGUUUAGUUUCGAUGGUCGUCUGCUAGCAUCAGGAAGCGAAGAUCACAUAAUAGACAUUGGAGACACAGAGACGGGAGAGAAAGUAGCCGAGAUACCGGUGUUAGCGUCGACAUUCACAGUGGCGUGGCAUCCGUCCCGUUACCUGGUGGCCUUUGCGUGCGAAGAUAAGGAGCUACCAGAGAGGAAGAGGGAUGCUGGAAAUCUUAAACUGUGGGGAUUACCCAAUAACAGCUAGACAAAACUUCCUGGGUAUUGUUAUGGUGAAAUCAAUCCAUGUGGUCUAUGUUAUUAUAAAUUUACUACAUACUUAUAAAAACUGCUACACGGUCUUUACUAGUAAAAUUACAUGAAACUAUUAAUUAAAAACUAAUUUAAAA